ACUUUAAAACUCCUUAUAAAAUUAAAAAUUUAGGGCUUUUUAUCAUCCAAAUAUUAUGCUUGAUUGCUGCAUUCUUUCUUCUAUUUACUUCCAUCAUGAUGAUAUACGGGGUUCAUACGUGGUCUCGUUUCCUCCUUGUCCCAUGGAUGGUUACAAUGUGUGCCUCAAUACUUACAUCCCUUGCAUAUUGCAUUAUGUGGUGGGCUGGGGAUGUCAGAGAUUAUUGGUUAAUGUUGACAAUAAUAGAAAUGUUUGGGGUUUUCUUAAAUAUUUAUUGUUUUGUUGUUGUCGUUGCUUUUCAUCAGCGAAUGCAAGCAGAACUUGAAUAUUAUGCCAGAAGAAGAAAAUACCAACGAUUUCAUAGGGAACGAGAAAUACCUCAACGGAUUGAUCAAGGCAAUUUUGUUGAUCCUGAUAAAAGAAUCGAUUUACCACAAGUACAACAAGGACAGAGACGAUUUGGAGGAAUUCAGCGACCUCCUGCCAGCCAAUUCCCUGCAAUCUCUCCUCCCGGACAACAACCUCCUUUGAGGCAUACUAAAUCCAUUCCUCCACCUCAUACAAUUCCUGUACCACCUUUACCAUCAACAGAACAAAUAAUGCCACAACAACUACCAAAACAACCAUUUUACAAGCAAAAAACCCCAAUGGAGAGAUUCGUUCAGGAAGCCUCAGCUCCACCAACACAAUAUCGUGACAGUUUCUCUCCUCCCUUUGAUGUACCAAGAUCAAGAUCUGCAAUUGAUCGGCCUUUCCACCGACAUGCUGAUGAAUUUUAUAGGGAAACACCGAACAGAUUUCGGAGGGCUAAUUCUUCACAUCGAUAUAGGUUAAUUUUUAUUCAUUUAAUCUAUGGAUGGGACUAA